UAUCUUUUAUAUAAUAAUUUUUAAAUUAAUUUAUGAUUUCGAUCAGACAGUGAUAACAUUAAAGCUUUAGAGCUUACUUCCUCUCUUCUUCUUGAAAUGGGCCAGAUGGAGCAGGCGCAGCAUUGUCUAGGUCGAGCUAUAUUCUUAAAACCUCAAGAAGGACACACUAAAUAUCUUUCCCUUGCACAACUCAUGACAGGUGUUGAAUCCCGGGAUCUAUAUCUGAAAGCUAUUGAAAUAAUCUCCUCUCUCCUCUCCAGCCUGAACCCGGAGCACGAGACACGGACGGAGUUAAGAAGAGAUAUAUCGAAUGCUUACGUCAGCCUGUCUGAGAUUUAUAUGACGGAUCUGUGUGAUGAACCUGAAGCAGAAAUUGAGUCCAAGCGAUUUAUUGAUCUAUCGGUUGAGGCGGAUGAAACUAAUCCUGAGUCUUUUCAAGCUCGAGCAAACUAUUUAUUAAUCACAGGAAAUAGUGAAGAUGCUAAAAUAUCUAUUGGCAAAUCUAUUCAACUAUGGCUUCCAGCACAUCUUAAAUUUCUAGAAAGUGGUGAAGGAGAAGACACAAAUCUAUCUUAUACUUUCCGACUUUCUACCGCUAAAAUACUUCUUGACCUUGAAGACUAUGAUAAUGCAACCAAGGUUCUGGAUGGAUUAAUAGAAGAAGAUGAGGAGGUUGUUUCUACCUGGUAUCUACUAGGAUGGUUAAAUUAUUUAAGAAGUCAGUCUGAGUCUGAUUAUCAGGGAAAUGCGCGAUAUUAUCUCCGUCGUGCUCGUGAUGUAAACACAAUGGCACCUACUGAUGACCAGGCCAUGAUAGAGCAUAUUACAGAGCUUCUCACAGAACUCGGAGAGGGAGAGGAAGAACAUGACGAUGACGGAGUUAACAUUGGCGAGGCGGAGCCGGAUACCGUGGCGGAGAUCCUUGACCAGGAGGCAGAUGGUUAUCAUCCGCCGAACCAAGAGGAACGAAUGGAAGACUAGUCGCAACUUUGGCAAGAUUAUUUUUAUAUUUUUUUCAGAA